AUGCAGUACUCCCACAAUUUCCGCCGACACAGGCAUGGAAGAAAGGAUGCUGCAGCGUUCCAUCCAGCUGCUAUCACGCCUCGCGCAUCCUCCACGUCCAGUGAGCAGGACGUGGAUGACCAGGCGGAGUCUGACUGGAGUAGCGUUGAAGCAGAGGCGGACGACCUUUGCUGCUACAUCUCACUGGCAUCGGCUCACGAGAACGACACGGUUCUUGGAUUGGGCUUGUUUGCGCAUCGGCGGACGCGCCGCCAAGUCCGCCUAAGGCUCCCACAUGAUGUGUCGUUCAGCUUGGACUACCUGGACGUGAGCGCCUUCAACACAGGGCUACAAACCAUGGCCAAUCGAGGUAGGGAGCCAGCUUUGGUGUCAUCUUCCCGUGGCCAGCUCAAUGCCUGGCUUCCGCUCUUCGUCGACAGCAAGCAUUGGACUCGUGCAAGGCCAUACGUUGAAUCCGCCAUCACGGCUCUGUCCGGUGUUCCCUGUGCCGGGACCUUUCCCGAAAUAGCACUCUCAGUGUGCUGCUCAUUGUUGACACAGGCUGCCGUGUCCCUGAGCUUGGGACACAGCAAGGUCACCGAGCGCGCUGUCCAGAUGUACGGAGACUCGCACAGGUUGCUCCUGCAGUUGGCGCAUGAAUGGCCUGAGUUGCAGCAAGUGGCUCACCGCCGCUUGCGGCUGUUUCUGCACCACCCGGAGUCGCGCCUGCGCCACGUGACGCCCAGCUUAGGUGAUCUCUUGCAUUGCAUGCUCAUUGUCGAUGACCUGGAAUGGGACGACCUGAAGGAUGCCAUUCUCCCCGAAGCUCUGCGAAGACACGUCUGGCGCCAGGAGUGCAAAGGCUUCGUCUUUGGCGGUACAAGCUCAGAUGGGACAGCAGCAUCAGCAGCAGGUGUCCUGGAAGAAUGGGACUGGUUUGCGCCAGAUGCAUGCAAAGUUGUCUGCUUCAUCGCUUCAUACGUUCGCAAAGUCGGGCGGCCAAAGGAUGCGUCGAUCCAGGAUGUGAUGGCAGCCUUCGAUCGGAACAACGGUCGGUUACCUAAAGCACACGAGGAGAUCGCCUUUUUGUGCAAGUCUCUGCAGGAAGCAUCCUUGCAGACUGUGCUGGAUGUGAUGGGCACAUCCUACUCUGAAGAGUUCCUUGCCGAGACAGUGCUGUGGGCUGUCCGGCACGGUUCCCGUCAGUGGACCGGACCGGGUUCACGCCGGGAUGCGAUGGCAGAGGAGGGCUUGCAAGGGCCAGAUGACCUUUGCCCCCUGCUGCACCGGCUCCAAGAUCGCAAGAGUCGCAAGAAUCGCAAGAGCCUUCGGGCUCGCAGAAGCGGUGGGUCGAAGUGCCAUUGGAGACCCAAAGACCAUCCUCAGAUGCCCUCCACACCAUCGCUGCAGGAGCUCGAAGAAGCAGCUUACGCGGCUUACACACACCUCGAGCUUCAGAACGCAAUGCUUUGGAGCUGGCUUGUGUUCUACGAUGCUGGAUGGGCCUGGUGGGGCUACGGCUGGUAG